AUGUAUUUUUUAUUCGCUAAAAUUUUGUGGCUCAGUGGAUUUCCACCUGUGUUGAUUAUUUUAUACAUUACUCUACAAUUAAUAUCAACAGUAACUUACACUUUACCAACGUGUUGCUGCUGUUGUUGCUGUAAGAGAAAAAAAAAAUUAAGAAGAAGAAGAGAUUCAGAAGAUGAAGAUGAAGAAGAGGAAACCGAUAGUUCAAUAUUUAAAACAAAACAAAAGCCACCAUGCAUCGCACCUCCAAGACCACCAGCAAAUGCUGGAAUGGCUGGUACUUUCGAUCCAAAUUAUCAAACAUUAGCUGGUAUCGGUGGUGAGAUAUUUGGACAAGACAAAAAACGCGGAGAUGGAUUUCCACCAGUUCCAAAAGCACCAGCACAAGGUGGAAUGGCUGGUACUUUUGACCCAAACUACCAAACACUGGCUGGCAUUGGUGCAGAUGUAUUUGGGGCAGAUAAAGCUGGAGGUGGUAGAGGUGGUGCCGGUAUAAAAGCUCCAGCCCAUGGCGGUAUAGUUGGUGUCAAUGAUCCGAAUUAUCAGACAUUGGCCGGUAUUGGUGGUGAAAUCUUUGGUGCUGAUAAAAAAGCUCCCCCACUGCAACCUGUUCGUGCACCAGAUGCACCACAAGGAAAGGCAGGAACAUUUGAUCCAAACUAUCAAACAUUGGCAGCUGUGAAUCCAGACAUUUUUGGUGCAGAUAAGAAGAAAUGGUAG